AUGGUAACAACUGCAAUGUCUGUUACUAAUGCCACUAUGAACAUAAUAAACACAACGCCAAAUUCUCAGCUAAACGCAAGUUCCCCUUCAAAUAUGACAAGUUCAACAACGGCGUUGCCUACAUUAGCUACCAUUUCUACUCCACAAACUUCAAAUACUUCUUCAACUGGAGGAGGACUUCCAGUAGCUAACAACAUUGUUUUACAAAUGGGUGGAGCCUCUAUUAUGAGCGAUCAAGCAGGAAAUGUUUCCUCUACAACUUCAACUGCAAAUACAACAACUCAAUCUAUAGUUAAUUCAACUGGAAAUUCUUCUACAAAUUCAAGCAGUUCAAAUCCAACAAAUGCACCAACACAAAAUUCUGUUAUAAAUUCCUCUAAUUCGACUACACAACCAACUUCAGCUACUAAUUCAUCCUCAAGUUCGAACACUACAACUCCAUCAACUUUAGCAUCACAAAAUCCAGGAUCAAGCUCAUCCACAAGCAGUACAUCUUCAGCAAUUAAUGUAACAAAUAGCUUAACAAAUUCAAGCAGUACAACAGCAACUUCAUCAAAUAGCUCAACAAUUUCAAGCAGUACAACAGCGACUGUUAUUUCAUCUAGUAGUCCAACGAGUUCGAACAGUACAACUUCAGCAAGUAAUUUGUCAAAUAGUUCGACAAGUUCAAGCAGUACUUUUCAAACGACGCAAUCAUCUAUUCUAACGACGCAACCAUCUAUUAAUUCUAAUAAUUCAAUGAAUUCAAGCAAUGUAACUGUUUCAGCACCUACUAUUCAGACAACAACUAUGAGCGCUGUUCUUUCAAUUGGGCUUCCAAUAUCUUCCAGUAACAUUACAAAUUCAAGCAUUUGGGGGAUAAUGCAGAUGUCAACAGCUGGAGUAUUAAAUACAACAAGUAUGACUCCUUCAGCCAAUUCCACAUCUACAAAUUCAAGCAGUACAGGGUCUCCGACAAAUUCCAAUAUAACAACAAUUCCUGCAACAACCCAAUCGACCAUAAAUUCUGCUACUAAUUCGAACUCAAAUUUGAGCAGUACAACUGUUUCAAUGCAAACAAACACAAAUUCGGCACCGCCCUCUACCCAAAGCAUUAUAACUGGAAUAAAUAAUUCAUCAACAAAUUCAACCAGUACAACUUUAGCACCCACAGCAAAUUCAAGCAGUACAGGUCAAUUAACUGCAACAAAUUCAACAAGUACAACUUUAGCAACACAAAUAGCUACAAAUUCUGCAACUACUUCGUCCACAAAUUCAAGCAGUCCACCUGCAUCAAACAGUACAACGACAUCAGUACCAAUGUCAGUAACUAAUUCUUCCUCGAAUUUGAACAGUACUUCUACAUCAUCCCCCGCUUUAUUAAAUUCAACGACUGCAAUGCCUAUGAAUGUAACGGCUUAUGCUUCAACACUUCAAACAACGACUAUGAGCGCUGUUCUAUCAAUCGGGCUUCCAAUAUCCUCCAACAUUUCAAAUGCAAACGUUUGGGGAAUAAUGCAAAUCCCAACAGUUGGAGUAUUAAAUUCAACAAGUAUAACUCCUUCAGUCAAUUCCACAUCAACUAAUUCAAGCAGUACAGGGUCCCCGACUAAUUCUAAUGUCACAAUAAUUCCGGCAACAACACAAUCGACCAUAAAUUCUACUACCAAUUCGACCUCUAAUUCGAACAGUACAACUAUUUCAAUACAGACAAACGCAACAAAUUCGACUACUAAUCCGCCCUCCAUUCUAAACAGCACAAAUGGAAUAAAUAAUUCAUCAACAAAUUCAAGCAGUACAACUUUAGCACCCACAGCAAAUUCAAGCAGUACAACUUUAGCAACACAAAUAGCUACAAAUUCUGCAACUACUUCGUCCACAAAUUCAAGCAGUUCACCUUCAUCAAACAGUACAACGACAUCAAUAACAAUGUCAGUAACCAAUUCUUCCUCAACUUUGAACAGUAUAGCCUCCUCUACAUCAUCCCCCGCUUUAUUAAAUUCAACGAGUGCAAUGCCUGUGAAUGUAACAGCAAAUGUCUCAACCCUUCAAACAACAACUAUGAGCGCUGUUCUAUCAAUCGGGCUUCCAAUAUCUUCCAACAUUUCAAAUGCGAACAUUUGGGGAAUAAUGCAGGUAUCUACAGCAGGGUUGGCUAACUCAACUGUCGCUUCAACUACGAAUUCAUCUACAAAUUCAAGCAGUACAUCCUCUACAACUUCAAUUCCUUCAGCAAACUCAAGCAGUAUUGUUUCACCAGUCGCUAAUUCGACUUCUAUUUCAACAAUUUCAAGCAGUACUAAUCUAACAUCAACCUCGAAGAGUAUAGCUACGACAUUGUCUCCAAAUUCGAGCAGUACAGUUGCUGCAACUACAGCUAUUCCAUCAACUGUCAUCUCAGUUACAGGUUCCUCCACAAAUUCAGCAAGUAUUUCCGCAACUCCAAGUACAAAUUCUUCAACAAAUUCAAGCAGUAUAUCUGCUACAACUACGUCAAUGCCAACUUCUUUCACCCCAGCCACAAAUCAGACUUCAAUUCCUAACAUCACUAAUGUAACUACUAAUAAUUCUUUGACAAAUUCAAGCAGUACUUCAGUUCCUCCUACCACUAGAGUGAUAGGAGAACCAUUGGCCCCUAGUAACGGUUCAAAUAUUUUUGGCAUAAUGCCAAUACUAACAACCAUUCCGCCUACAACAAUGAGCGGAUACUCGUCUUCAGUAAUAAACACUACAAAUUUUAAUAAUACUACAGCCGGACCAAUUAAUAUACCAACUACGUCUAUGCCUGUUUUUAAUACUUCAUUAAUUAAUCAGACGUCAGCUUCAAGCAGUACAUCUAAUUCAACUACAAUUUCGCCAACUACAGCAAUGCAAGUUACCAAAUUGACCACAAAUUCUAGUAUAAUAACAACCACAAAUGCGUCAAUUCUUGCUAAUAAUUCAACAAAUUCAAGCAGUCCAGGCAUAGCAACUACAGCUAGCUCAGUUAUAAAUCUGACAACAAAUCAAAGCAGUAUUGCGGCCACAACUGCCAAUUCUUUGACAAACUCCUCAAUAAACCCUUUGACAAACUCCUCGUCAAAUUCGAGCAGUACACUUCCAUCUAUGUCUACAGCUAUUUUACAGACAACUACAAAUACAAUGGCUGUUGGUGUUCCAUUAAUUUCUAGCAACUUUUCAAACAUUUGGGGUAUUAUGCAGGUGCCAACAACUACACUUCUACCUGUUACAAAUUCUUCAGCAAAUUCAAAUAGUACACCGGCUACUGUAUUGUCAACUGGAUCUUCCGGCAAUUCAAGCAGUGUAGCUGCCGUGACCACGCCCCUACCAAUAACAGCUCUGCCAGCUACAACUUCGUCUAUAAAUUCAAGCAGUACAGCUGCUGCAAAUACUGUUAUGCCAGUUACAAAUUCAACCACAAAUUCAACCAGUAUAUCUGGAAAUACAAUUUCGCCAACAAAUUCAAGCAGUACACCUAUUGCAACUACAAUUUCACCCACAAAUUCAAACAGUACUUCGGCAACUACAAUUCCGUCGACAAAUUCAAACAUUACUUCUGCAACUACAAUUCCGUCGACAAAUUCAAACAGUACUUCUGCAACUACAAUUUCGUCCACAAAUUCAAACAGUACUUCUGCAACUACAACUACAAUUUCGACAACAAAUUCAAACAGUACUGCUGCGAUUACUUUGCCCACAAAUUCAAACAGCUCAGCUCCUACAACUACUGUUUUGCCAACAAACUCAAACAGUACACCUCCUGCAACUACAAUUCCAUCUACGAAUUCAACCAGUAUUGCUUCACCGGUCUCUACUUCAACCUCUGUUUCGACAAAUUCAAGCAGUACACAGUCUAUUAUAGGUCAACCUUCUUUACCCUCAACUACCACACCCACAAUCAUUUCAGUCAAUCCACAAUUCCCUAAUGAAAUUAAUGGCAUUUCUCAGAUUCUUAAUCAAAAUUCUGAUACACUUUAUCAAGAAGCAAUGCGUCAAAUUACCAUUCAAUUACAACUUAACAAUCAAACACAGACAAGUCAGAAUGUUACUUCAUCUACAACUACCAUAUCGAACAAUUCAACCAUCACAACUCCGCCAACAAAUUCUACCUUACAAACAACAACCAUGAUAAAUCUCGUAAUUAGCAAUACCUCAAUGCCUUUUACUAACAAUACAGGCAUUUUGCCAAUAUUCGGGACAACAAGUUCGACAACAACUUCAAACAGUACAUCUUUAGCAACAACAACAGCAGCAAGUCCGACUCCAAUUUCACCUUCAAAUUCUAGCAGUAUACCAUCCACAGCCUCAACAAGUUCAUCUACAAAUUCUUCGACUUCUAGCAGUACAAAUGGUUCAUCUACAACCACACCAUCAACCAAUUCAUCAUGUGCAUUAUUAACAACAGCUAGGCCGGCUACUAAUUCAUCAUCUAGUUCGAAUGUUACACUAACUACAACGAGCCCAUCUUUAAAUUCAUCAACCUCAAGCAGUACAAAUGGUUCAACUACAACCUCUCCACCUACAAACUCAAUAAGUGUAACAUUAACAACAGCAAGGCCAGCUAAUAAUUCAUCUUCUACUUCGAAUGUUACACUAACUACAACGGGCCCAUCUUUAAAUUCAUCAACCUCAAGCAGUACAAACGGUUCAGCUACAACAUCUCCAUCAACAAAUUCAUCCAGUGCAUUAGUAACAACAGCUAGGCCAGCUACUAAUUCGAAUGCUACAGUAUCCGUAACUACAGCGGGUCCAUCCUCAAAUCCAUCAACCACAAGCACUACAAACUCUACAUCAACUAAUUCAUCCAGUGCAACAUUAACAACAACAAGGCCAGUUACUAAUUCAUCAUCUAAUUCAAAUUCCACAGUAUCUGCAACUACAACAGUCCCAUCUCUAAAUUCAUCGACCCCAAGCAGUACAAAUGGUUCAACUGCAGUUUCUUCACCAACAACUAAUUCAACCAGUUCACCAUUAACAACAGCAAGGCCGGCUAAUAAUUCAUCCAAUACAAAUACCACAGUAUCCGCAACUACAACGGGCCCAUCCUCAAAUUCAUCAACUUCAAGCAGUACAAAUGUUUCAACUACUGUAUCACCAUCAGCAGUGUCAACUGUAACCUCAACAACAUCAAUGCCUUCAAUAAAUCCAUCCUCAAAUUCAAGCAGUAUAUCUACAACUCCCCCAACCUCCACAAAUUCGAGCAGUAUAUCUACAACUCCCCCAACUUCCACAAAUUCGAGCAGUACUCGAACUAAUCCAACUCCUCUUACAAUUUCAAGUGAUGUACAGUUAGCUAUUUUAAGAUUUAUUGGAAGCGGUGCAGUGAUAUUUAAUUUGAGCCCGACAAAUACGAGUACGAACGCAACAACAUCGUCGAAUAAUGGGACAUCAUUAGCUGUACUUACACCAAUAUAUAAAUGAA